UGUAUUUGCUGUGUUGGGCAAAAAUGUUACUACGUGAUACAACAUAAAGAGUCGUUCUAGAGACGAAAGAGUCGGCUCUUCUUUGUGAUCCUUGGCAAAGGAGUCGGCUCUCGGAAAAGACCCGAACUUCUCAUCAGUAAUCAGUAGAACCUAUGCGUGGAGCGAGGCAGUGUUUUGCAUUAGUAUUUCGUAGGCGAGCUUUGUUCGGAAUGCGCGUCCUCCGCGCUGUUUUAUAGUGGGCGUCCUCCACGCUGUUGGUUUUCCAGUGGGCGGCCCAACGGGAGAACAUAACCCGACGUGGAAACUGGUUCUCGCGUAAGACCGGCACUGGGCAUGCGCAGUGUUGUCAGUCAUCAUAAGCAGCAGCAGCAGCAGCACGGAAACGGACUCAGAGAGAGAAGAGGGGGCAGAAGUUGGAUGGCGCUUCCCUUUUGUCGCCGUGUUUUCGUGCCCUCGAACAACUGUCGAGCUCCUCUGUGAACUGCGAAAUCUCACCGUGUGUCGUCGGUUUAAGUCGAAGUUACUCCUCUGGGUUUCAUCUAACAAACGUUGUUACUGGACCACCGUCAGAUCAGCAACCACCCACGGAGAUGAUGGAGGAGUCGGUGACCGCGUUUGAGACGCAUCUGACGGCUGUCAUGGACAGUCUGAUCCGAGCGUCGGUGUGUGAGAUCACCAAACUCUUCCAGGAGACGGUGAACGACUACCUGGUGGAGCUGUCCCUCAACAGGAAGGAGAACGAGGCUCUCAAGCUGCGACUGAGGCUCACCGAGGACAAGCUGAGGACCGAGCGCAAGUACGGGCUGGGCUGGGCGGCCACCCGCCGCAGCGCCGGGCUCACGGCGGAGGAGGGAACCGGAGGGCGACCGAAACGAAAAGUUCACACGGCCCGAGGCAAGUCAAAAAAGGGCCCGGCAGCAGCCUAUGGCAAAGGCUGGCCUGGAGGUGUGUGGGAGGAAGGAGGAGGAGGAGGUGGCGGCGGCGGCGGCGGCGGUGGUGGUGGGGGAGGAGAAGGAAGUGGAGGAGCCGUGGGGAAGGUAGCAGGAGCAGGAGGACGAGGGGGGAAAGAGGCCAGAGAGAUGUACCUUAUCCAGUUCCCCCGGGAUGAAGAAGAUGAGGGAGGGAUGUUGGAGGACGAGGAAGGGGAGGGCAGCCUCAGCGGUGAGGGGGAGGAGACGGCCAACAUCAAAGAGGAGGAGGGCUAUCAACCUGCCUCUCUCCGACUAAUCAAAGAGGCUUUGAAGAUGGGUCUGCCCAACCAGAACUUCCACUCCGUCUCCAGGGCCCAAAGUGAAGGAGAACUAUCAGAUCGCCCCCCGACUCUUCAUUCGGGAGAGAAAGAAGAGGAGGACUGGGAGGUGAGCUCGGCGGAACCGUCGGAGGGGGGCAUGACCAUGGAUGAGCUGAGGGGCUUGGAGUCUGCGCUGAGGGCUGAGAGAGGCCGCGAGCAGGCUGCCAUGACGACCUCUCAACCCGUCAGCCCCGACUCGGAGGCAGUGCGAGGGAGCGAGAUCAGCUUGGCCCCGAAGUACAUCGGGCUUGAUGGAAUGGAGCAGGACGGAGAGCUGGAGCCUCAGCCUCCCACUCUGGAGAGAGAGGACCAAAUAGGGCAAGGCAGGUCGAAGGACGGCGCGAGGGCCGGAGUGGUCGCAGGAGUCGAGCUCAGGCUGGGUUGGUCGAAGAAGUUGAGAGAGGGCGACUCGGCUGCGGUCAUGCCCGGUUGUGAUGGGAUGGAGCAGGGGGAGUCGGAGCACCUGCCCAGCCUGUCUGCUCCAGGGAGUGUCGGGGAGAGCGGAGGGGAGGAGGAGGGUGGCGCGGACCUGCUCCACUUCUGCCCACAGUGUGGGGGAGGCUUCACCUCGGAGGCAGAGCUGGAGGAGCACCCUUGUCCACUAGGGGGCGCCCAUUUACAGAGCGGCGGAGCGGAGGAUGGCGUUUUCCCUUGCGCUCACUGUGGCAACACAUUCAGCCACGCCUGGGCUCUUAAGAACCACGAGUGUGCCUGCGCUGCCGAGCGGCCGCACUGCUGCGAGAUCUGCGGGAAGCGCUUCACACACUCGCGCUCGCUGGAACGCCAUCACCUAGUGCACACGGGCGAGAGGCCGCACCGCUGCCCGCAGUGUGGACGCAGCUUCAGUCGCCUUGGCAACCUGGAGCGGCACCAGCGCAUCCACACGGGGGAACGUCCGUACGGUUGUGAAGCCUGUGGGAAACGUUUCAGUCGUGUGGAAUACUUAAAGAGACAUCAGCUCUUACACAACAGUGACAAGGCAACGCUCCAGUGCUCCAGCUGUGGACGAGGCUUCAGUGACGUGGAGCAACUAAAGAACCACCAAUGUUUUUAGAUUCUCCUCCUCCUUAAAAUAUCUGAUGGACCUUGAAAGUAAGAGCUGGUGUUUAAUUUCUGUAGAAUUUAGCUGAUGAAUGUGACUGGUACAUCCUUGUGUUAUUCUCAGUGAUUAUCUUAAAGACAAUGAAGCACAUACGUGUGUGUACACUUCUUGUCCAGUAAUUAAAAAAAGGCACAUUUCCAGAGCUGGCGGGAAGUCAGUUGUACAUGGUGUUUCUGUACAGGAGGAGAAGUAAAACUGGAGCUGUUCUCAUUAUGUACAAAGCUUUCACUUAUUUAUGAUUUCUGUCUUUUAUCGUUGACUCAUGUUAAAGCUGAUGGCCUUGAUUUCCUCUGAAGACUAUUUGACAGUAUGGUAUUUUGUAUGUUUGUGUUUUUGUCACAUUGUUAAGAAAUAAACAUUUCAGAUCAUCAGAAGA